AUGCAGCGUCCUCCAACAAUUCCUAUUGUAAAUCGUAGUUCACUUACAUCUCGUCCUAGUGGAAAUAUACUAAAUUCAGUUACACCAUGUAAAGAGUAUUACACACAUGAUUUAAAUGGAAAAUUAAAAUAUUGUAUUGAAGUAGAUUUACAAGGCUAUCCUCAAGAAAGUAUCCAGAUCACUCGACAAUCACAAGAUGUGACAAUUUCGUUAAAUUAUGAAGAGAGAAAGGCAACUGGUGAAAAGUACAAGCAAGAAUUUAAACGCGAAAUUCAGUUUCCUCUAUCUGCCGAUUUGAAUACACUGAAAUGUACAAUUAUUAGUAAAAAUACUUUAUUGUUAGAGGCAGAUGUAAAUAAACCUGAAAAUUCAAUUUUAAAAGUUGCACAAGUGAGUCCAGUGACAAGACGUCAUAUUAACUGGGAAUUAUCUAACCCAUCUCAACGUAACUCCGUCUCUGAAUCACCAAAACUACGUACGUCAUUUUCAAAUGAAACGAAACAUCGAUAUCCUUCACUUCCAAAUUCACAAAUCGGUACGCAUAAAUCAUUUAGAUUGAAAGAACGCGGCUUAACUAGUCAACAUCAACGGAUUCCUCAUCGACGAUCACCAACCCAUUACACUGCCAAUUCCUUUUCACGUCAUGAAUCUCUACGCAUCCCUGUACGUGUUGAUAUUAAUCAUCAGCGGAUUGGUCAACCAAGUCCAACCAGUGUACAACCUAUUCGAGUUGAAGUUGUAAAUCAUUCACCUCAAUCAAAGCAGUACAACAGACCGCAUCAAUCCCAGUCACAGCCACAAUCACAGCAACACAACAAUCAUAGUUAUAACCGUCAGAGUGAGUACAAAAUGUCCAACAGUUCUACAAUCACUUCUCAACGUCCACUUCAAAUUAAUCCAGUAGCAAAUAUGCCUUCAGAUGAAAGUAUUCCUAAAUCUAGCACAACACUAUAUCAUCCACAUUCUCAUCAUCAUAAUGGCAACACAAAUAACGGUAACCAUAUUAAUUCUGUAAGUCUUCCAAUCAACCAUAUUGUUACUGCCAGUAACAAUAAUAAUAUCACUAGUAAUACUGUUCAUAACAAUACCAGUACUUUCGCUAAGUCUUCCAAAUUCUACACACAAAGUAUGAAAGUUGGCUCAGAUGUUAAACCAGACGAUUUAAAUAUUCACUUGAAAAAUGGUGUCUUAACAAUUAUGAUAAGACAACGAGGGAAAAAUUUUGAAAAUAAUCAACAAACAAAAAUUGCUCGAGAAUUUCUACACGAACAUACUAUGCCAAUAAAUGUUGACCAAAGUAAACUGAUUGCCAAAUUGGAUAAAGGUGUUCUAACAUGGGAAGCGCCGUAUACGAGUGCACAAAUUGAUCUACCAGAUUGCUUGAAUAUACCAAUGAAGGGUCAAACAUAUCCUGUUACAAUUAGUAGAUGA